CAAAAAAAAUGGGGUGGAGGAAAAUAAGGCAUCUGUGUGAGUGUAUAACCAUUUGACAUCUCUUUUUAGCCCUCUCCAGGGUCACCCUAGAAUCAGAUCUGCUCUCCAGCAUCUUCUGUUUCCUGGUGAAGUUUUCCUGCUACUUUGGAUUGGCCAUGACGGGCUGGAGCUGCCUUGUGACAGGAGCAGGAGGGUUUCUGGGUCAGAGGAUCGUCCGCCUGUUGGUGGAGGAGAAGGAGCUGAAGGAGAUCAGGGUCUUGGACAAGGCCUUCAGACCAGAGCUGAGGGAGGAAUUUUCCAAGCUCCAGAACAAGACCAAGCUGACAGUGCUGGAAGGAGACAUUCUGGAUGAGCCAUUCCUGAAGAGAGCCUGCCAGGACGUCUCGGUUGUCAUCCACACCGCCUGUAUCAUUGAUGUCUUUGGUGUCACUCACAGAGAGUCCAUCAUGAAUGUCAAUGUGAAAGGUACGGUACUCCAGCUCCUGUUAGAGGCCUGUGUCCAAGCAGUGCCAGUCUUCAUCUACACCAGCAGCAUAGAGGUAGCCGACUCCAACUCGUACAAGGAAAUCAUCCAGAACGGCCACGAAGAAGAGCCUCUGGAAAACACAUGGUCUGCUCCAUACCCAUACAGCAAAAGCUUGCUGGAGAAGGCUGUGCUGGCAGCUGAUGGGUGGACUCUGAAAGACGGUGGCACCUUGUACACUUGUGCCUUAAGACCCAUGUAUAUCUAUGGGGAAGGAAGCCAAUUCCUUUCUGCUGGUAUAAAUGAAGCCCUGAACAACAAUGGGAUCCUGUCAAGUAUUGGCAAGUUCUCCACUGUCAACCCAGUCUAUGUUGGCAACGUGGCCUGGGCUCACAUUCUGGCCUUGAGGGUCCUGCAGACCCCAAGAAGCCCUGGCGUCCGAGGACAGUUCUACUACAUCUCUGGUGAUGACACGCCUCACCAAAGUUAUGAUAACCUUAAUUACACCCCUGAGCAAAGAGUUCCGGCCUCCGCCUUGACCUGAUGGAGCCUUUAUCCCCGGGAUUUACUGGACUGGUCCCUGCUGGAAAUAGUGAGCUUCCUUCUCAGGCCAAUUUACACCUAUCGACCACCCUUUAACCGGCCACAUGGUGACAUUGUCAACAGUGUGUUCACCUUCUCUUACAAGAAGGCUCAGCGAGAUCUGGCAUAUAAGCCACUCUACAGCUGGGAGGAAGCCAAGCAGAAACCGCGGAGUGGGUUGGUUCCUUGUGACCGGCACGAGGAGACCCUGAAGUCCAAGACUCAGUGA